GAGGAAUAGAGGACCCCCCAGGCGCUCGCGCGUGUGUAUGGUUGAGUCGGUUGAACAACCAAAAAAAAAAAACAAGUCCCGAGAAAACCUGGGAGACACUCCCAAAUUUUUAGUGAUUUAAAACAGCCAUAUGUGCAUAGGGCCACAUGGAAGCCAGAGCCAGACAUCUUUACCUCUAAGGUUGCUUGACAGACAAGUUUUACUUAUGUUUACUUGAGAAAUAGCAGAGAAAGACAAGUUUAAUGCACUUGACUGCUGAGCCAUAGGAAUUGAAACAAAGUGCAGGUAGAAGAGAGAACGCACUGAGGGCAGUUUGAAGAUUUAGCUUGAUAAUAAAAGACAGCCUCAGCUGUUUGUGUCAUAUCAUGUCUCAGUUUUUAUUCUACACAUUCCCAAAUUUAUAGCCAGGAUUUUAUAGCCAGGGAUUUGAUCAUUUUGUGCUUGUGUCACUGGAAACAUUUAUUUGUUGUACCUUUUCUUUCACAUGCCGUGUGGAAGAAGUCUAGUUUGCUUAAAUGGAGAAUUUCAGCAUCAAAAGGGCAAAUUGUAGAGGACGCCAUUACCUCAGCAUCAACUGCAAAAUAGCCUAGCCUAGCUCAGCUGAGCCCUGCUGGCCAGUCCGUGACUCCUCCUUCCCCUUCCCUCUUCUCCUGCAUCCCACAUAGUGCCCCUCCACCCCCCGUCUCUUUCAAGUGAGCUAUAAUGGCAUCGGUGCGCUUCACCGUGACGCCCACAAAGGCGGAGGACCUCCCAGGGGGGUCAGACCUGUCACCUGACAUCAGCCUGCGCUCCGGUUCCCGUGUGCGCUUUGAGUCAGACAGCGCCAACCGAAGUGACCCACUAAGCGAAGUUUCUGGAGGUGUGACGACGACUUCUGCAGGAGGAGGGGCUGACACCCCGGAUCACAGCAGCAUAGACCAAGGUGAGGGAAAUUCGAAAACCUCCAGUGUGUACAUCAACAGCAAUCAUCAGGUGGACGAUGACGACUUCUACGACAAAAACCUGGCCUUGUUUGAGGAGGAGAUGGACACUCGGCCGAAGGUGUCCUCUCUCCUCAGCCGCCUGGUCAACUACACCAACCUGACUCAGGGGGCCAAAGAGCAUGAAGAGGCCGAGAGCAUCGGCGAGAAAAAGAAACCCAGCAAGUCGCCACAGAUGGGGACGCUGAUGGGCGUGUACCUGCCUUGUCUGCAGAACAUCUUCGGCGUCAUCUUGUUCCUGCGGUUGACCUGGGUGGUGGGAACUGCCGGCGUGCUGCAGGCCUUCUGUAUUGUUCUUAUGUGCUGUUGCUGUACAAUGUUGACCGCCAUAUCAAUGAGCGCAAUCGCAACCAAUGGAGUCGUACCAGCGGGAGGUUCCUACUUCAUGAUCAGCCGCUCUUUGGGUCCAGAGUUUGGGGGGGCGGUAGGCCUGUGCUUCUACUUGGGCACAACCUUCGCUGGAGCCAUGUACAUCCUGGGAGCUGUCGAGAUCCUUCUGAUGUACAUUGCACCCAGAGUAGCGAUCUUUGAAGGUGAAGGAGCAGCCAUGUUGAACAACAUGAGGAUAUAUGGCUCCAUCUUUCUCCUCUUCAUGGCCUUGCUGGUUUUCGUGGGGGUCAAGUACGUCAACAAACUGGCCUCCGUCUUCUUGGCCUGUGUCAUCAUCUCCAUUUUAUCCAUCUAUGUCGGAGCGCUGGUUUCUGCCUUCAGCGUGCCGGAUUUUCCCGUAUGCAUGCUGGGAAACAGAACUAUCAACGCCCAUGAUGUUGUUGACAACCACUGUAGUAAAACUGUCCUGGUUAAAGUUCCAGCUGAGAAAUUAGAAAGCAACUUCACGAUUAACGAAAACAGCACAGAGGGCCCCACUUUUGACCCCAGCCAUGUCCCAGAGGUGAUGGUGGAGAAGACCACACAUCUUUGGAAGUUAUUUUGCCAUAACUCACAGCUCAACACCACCUGUGACGAAUACUUCACUUCAAACAACUUCUCUGAGAUUAAAGGGAUCCCCGGACUGACUAGUGGGGCCAUAUCAGAGAACCUGUGGAGUACAUACCUCCACAAAGGGGAUGUUUUGGAGAAAAGAUCCCUCCACACCUCUCAAGUUGCACACCCAGCCUCUGAUCGCUAUCCGUACGUGUUUGCUGACAUCACCACCUCCUUCACAGUGCUCGUGGGCAUCUUCUUCCCCUCAGUCACAGGAAUCAUGGCCGGCUCCAACCGGUCGGGGGAUUUAAAAGAUGCUCAGCGCUCCAUCCCCAUCGGAACCAUCCUCGCCAUCCUCACCACCUCUUUAGUCUAUCUGAGCAAUGUCGUGUUGUUUGGAGCCUGCAUCGAGGGGGUGGUCCUCAGAGACAAGUUUGGAGAUUCAGUUAAAGGCAAUCUGGUGGUGGGGACUUUGGCUUGGCCCUCGCCGUGGGUCAUUGUGAUCGGGUCCUUCUUCUCCACAUGUGGCGCAGGCCUCCAGUCUUUGACUGGCGCUCCACGACUCCUGCAGGCCAUAGCCAAAGACAACAUCAUCCCCUUCCUCCGGGUGUUUGGCCACGGGAAAGCUAACGGGGAACCUACGUGGGCUCUGCUGCUGACAGCUCUGAUAGCUGAGCUGGGGAUUCUCAUCGCAUCUCUGGACAUGGUGGCUCCUAUUCUGACAAUGUUCUUCCUCAUGUGUUACCUGUUUGUGAACCUGGCCUGUGCCCUUCAGACCCUCCUGAGGACACCCAACUGGAGGCCUCGCUUCUCAUACUACCACUGGAGCUUGUCCUUUCUGGGGAUGACUUUCUGCCUGGCGCUCAUGUUCAUAUCCUCUUGGUACUACGCAAUCGUUGCCAUGGUGAUUGCCGGGAUGAUCUACAAGUACAUUGAGUAUCAAGGGGCAGAGAAGGAGUGGGGAGAUGGGAUCCGUGGUCUGUCACUCAGCGCUGCCCGUUAUGCUCUGCUGAGGCUGGAAGAAGGACCACCGCAUACUAAAAACUGGAGGCCUCAGCUUUUGGUGUUACUAAAACUGGACGAAGACGCCCACGUUAAGUCUCCUCGGCUCCUGACGUUUGCCAGCCAGCUAAAGGCGGGAAAAGGCCUGACCAUUGUUGGCACUGUUGUCCCCGGGAACUACCUGCAGAGCUAUGGAGAGGCGCUCGCUGCUGAGCAGACUCUGAAGCACCUGAUGGAUAAGGAGCGCGUGAAGGGCUUCUGCCAGUGCAUCGUGGCUCAAAAGCCACGUGAUGGGAUCAGCCACAUGAUCCAGUCGAGUGGCCUGGGAGGAAUGAAACCCAACACUGUGGUGAUGGGCUGGCCUCACGCCUGGAGGCAAAGCGAGGACCCACAGUCCUGGAAGACCUUCAUCAACACAGUGCGGGUGACCACAGCGGCCCACCUUGCGCUUCUGGUGCCCAAAAACAUCUCCCUGUUCCCUAGCAACUCCGAGCCCUGCACAGAGGGCUACAUCGAUGUGUGGUGGAUCGUCCAUGACGGCGGGAUGCUGAUGCUUCUGCCUUUCCUCCUGCGACAACACAAGGUGUGGCGCAAGUGUUCAAUGCGAAUCUUCACAGUGGCCCAGAUGGAGGAUAAUUCCAUCCAGAUGAAGAAGGAUUUGUUAACCUUCACCUAUCAGCUACGCAUCGAUGCUGAGGUGGAAGUAGUGGAGAUGCACGACAGUGACAUCAGUGCAUAUACCUAUGAGAGGACGCUGAUGAUGGAGCAGAGGUGUCAGAUGCUCAGACAGAUGCGACUGUCUAAAUCUGAUCGGGACAGAGAGAGGGUACGCUGGAGUUUUGAUGAUGCGUAUCUUUCCCCCAGGUACAAAAGUCCUGGACCCUUCACGCCAAACACCUCCAGAGGAGACAGAGACAGACAGGCCCAGCUGGUGAAGGAUCGUAACUCCAUGCUGCGUCUGACGAGCAUCGGCUCAGACGACGAAGAUGACACAGACGGCGGCGAGCGAGACCGGGCGGGGAGCGGCGGCGGCGGCAGCUCUGAGCACCACCGCCGCAUUCAGAUGACCUGGACCAAAGAGAAGACCACACAAUACAGAGCGACGCACUCGGGCUGCUCCACCCCCGAGGGCUUCAGGGACAUGCUGAGCAUCAGGCCGGACCACUCCAACGUCAGGCGAAUGCACACCGCCGUCAAACUCAACGAGGUCAUCGUCAACAGAUCCCACGACGCCCGGAUCGUCCUGCUCAACAUGCCUGGACCUCCCAGGAACACCGAAGGAGAUGAGAACUACAUGGAGUUCCUGGAGGUCCUGACAGAAGGAUUGGAGCGUGUACUGUUGGUGAGAGGCGGAGGAAGUGAAGUCAUCACCAUCUACUCCUGAUUAGACAAACACAGGAAGCCAGCAUCAAGCAAGCAGCCAGUCAUGCAGGAGAGAGCAGAGUGAAGACGAUGGGAUCUAGGGAACCUGAAAAAGAGCGAGCCGGUGACUGUCGAUUGUCACACUUCCCUGUCGUGGCGCUGGUUUCCACCCCACAUGCUGUCAAAGCUACAAAAAUGCCAACACAAUUCCAAUAAGGAGCAGAAACAAAAAUAAUAACAAGCUGUGUGUGUGUGUGUGUGUUUGUUUAUGUUUGACUCACCCACCCGAGGGUCCUCUGACUCGAUGAGGAAGGGAGCACUGUGGUGUUAGGAGCGAUUGCAUUUGGAGGGGCGGACCACAGAGGCUAACGGUGAGAGGCUGCGGAGCGGCCGACCCGCUGAUGAGACUCAGGGUUGCUUUUUGUACAGAAUGUAAUUUGGAAGCAGACAGCAGUUUUCUGUCAGAAUAGAGUAUGGUUUUCUUUUUGUUGCUUCUCACAAACACAUCUGUUUACUCUUA